UACGUCGGACACAACAUUGACACUGACAUGUUACCACCGGUAAUAAUUUGAAAAAUGGCAUAAUUGAAUGUAAUCAUAUGUAUUUUAUGUUGUCGGUGUUGGACACGGGCGCACGUCGGAAACCGGAUGGCUUCUAUUAGAAGUUUCUGUGCUAGUGAGUAAAUGAUGCAUUUUGUGGUUACCUUAAUCCCAAUUUGAAGCUUAUUGUCUGUUUUGAAUCUUUGAUUCCUUAAGACCCUGAAUUGCAUUGGCUUCGUUUGAAUUUCCUGUUUUCGCUUUUACUUAUAAAAAUAAAAAUAGGCUGCAUUGUUUUCAAUAUGUUUUCCUAUAGAAAUCUUUGAAAUUAGAGUCACAGAUUUUCCUAUAGAAAUCUUUGAUAAGGCAUAGAAAAUUACACUUACACAGCAGCCAAAUUAGGAUAGAUAUCAGAUUAGAAGUUUGGAAAAUUAGGAUUAAUGAACUAAUAGUCAAGAGUUUCGAAAAUUGCUUGUUUAUGAUAAUUGCUUAUUAUGUAGAAAAUUGCUUAUGGUUGUGUUAUGUAGAAUUGUGCAUUGUGUCAUGCACACCAGCCGAAAUUAAUACAUUGCAAGGUCCCUCUUUCAAUUGUUCAGCCAUCAAUUUCACAUGUUUUGAUAAAGCUUUCGUUCUUUCUUUUUUGUAAGAAGUUUUUUUAAUGUUAAUAAGCAUGUUACUUGUUAGUAUCUUUUGUCAAAGAAUUAAGUAGUUUACUCCAUACACAUGUUCAAAUUUCAUCCUUCUAAUUGUGAAUAGAACUUACUUUCCUUAAUUCAGUAAUGCACUUCACUCAGGUUUUAGGUUCAGCAUUAUUGCAGCUUUGAAACCUUUCUACUUUUAUUCAGAUAGAGGGGGGGUGUUUAUAAAUUCAUGUUUUGCCCAUUGCCAAAGUGAAUCGCAAGAUACAUGGUUUGAAGUUGGUUCUCCAAGAAUAAAAAGCAAGGUGUCAUGUUUCACGUGUUACAAGAUGCUUCAGUACUCUAUUAGUGGAUCAAGACAGGCGAUUCGAGCAACAAUGCGCUAUAGAUCUGUUCUUCAUUUCUUUUCUAUUCCAAACCAAUAUCCUUCAGUUCGUUCAGUGUCUUCUUCACCACAAAAUGUUGAACAGGCUGUUAGAGCUGAAGUAGAAUCCAAAAACUAUGUUAGAAUUCCUGAUCUCAUUACUACGGAGCUGUCCCAAUCCCAAAAUUCAAACCCUUUCUCUUUUUUAUCUUCUUUUCCACAGAAUAUACAAGUACAAAUUGUUGAUGAAAUGUUGCAAUCUUUUAUACCUCUCAGACCACGCUAUAAGCCCCAACUAGCCUAUUCCUACCUUCUUUCCUACAUCCUGCAAAGCUCUCACCCCCUCCCUCUUGCACUUGCUGUCCUACAAAGGACUCUACGUUCUGGUUGCCUACCUGUUCCUCAGACUCAUGUUCUCCUUUCAUCUGCUUGGUUGGACCGGCGAUGUCUGUCACAUUCGGUAGCUAAUAUUUUACUUGAUAUGCAAUCAAUUGGAUACCAUCCUGACUGUGGUACUUGUAAUCAUCUACUAUCAUCUCUUUGUGCUGUCAAUCAAUUUGUCGAGGCAAUUGAUGUCCUGAAGGGUAUGGGUGGAGCAGGAUGCAUUCCUGAUUCAAAUAGUUAUGGCAUUGUAAUUGGUGCAAUGUGCAGAGUCAGAAGGACUUCUGACGCCCAAGAUUUAAUGAAGCAAAUGGUGGCAAAAUACGGGUUGACCCCAGAUCAUGGAACAAUGGUGAAAAUUUUGUCAGCAUUACGGGCAAACAAAGAGAUAUGGAAAGCUGUUGAGAUGAUUGAGUUCCUUGAGAAAGAGGGAAACUCUGUCGGAUUUGAGAGUUACGAGUUGGUGGUUGAAGGUUGCUUGGAGAGACGCGAGUAUGUUUUGGCUGGAAAGGUUGCUAUGGGGAUGACAGAAAGAGGUUUUAUUCCAUAUAUCAAAGCGAGGCAGAAGAUAAUUGAAGGGUUGGCUAGUAUUGAUGAGUGGAAGAUAGCUUGUGGCGUGAGACAAAGAUUCGCAACACUUAAAUCUUAGCUGUUAACUUAUUUGCAGCGAGCCAAGUACAACUCUUAACGCUGAAAAGGUGACUACUACAAAGACUGUACCUUCUGCAUUAUGGUGGCAUUUUUGUUUUCUCGAUGGCAAUGCUGAGACAGGAUUGCAGCUCUAGGAUCUCGGAGUUGCAAAUCAUUUGGAGUUAUGCUCUCUGAAGUUAAAGCAUGGAAAAGGAGUGAGCGUAUACCUGAACUGGGUUGUAUUUGCAUUGUAGAAUUGAAUUUACACCUUCGCCCAACUUUGAUGGUUAUAUUAGAUUAAAAAAAUGGAUGUAUAGUGUAUUUUUGACACAGGAAAAUGAAGUAAUUUCAUGUGUAUUAGUUAAACACCCUCCACAAAAGGAAACAAUAUAAGAAUAUCAGUUGCACAGAU